AGUGAGGAAGUAAAAUGGCGGACCUGGCAAACGAAGAGAAACCUGCCAUAGCCCCACCUGUGUUUGUGUUCCAGGAAGAUAAAGCACAGAAGAGAUCAGCAGAAGGGUCCAGAGGUCCAGGCCAGCGGGAGUGGGUCCUCAUAGCGCCUGCCCCCCUCCACACGCUGCAGUCAGGACCCCUACAGGCACCUCCACGGACACCUCAGUCCAGCAUUUCCCCAAUGGUCAGAGGUCACAGUGGAGUUCCAGGAAGGAUCCUAUGCAGGUGCUACUAACUUAACUCUGUGCAGUUCAGUCUCUCUGCAUUCGCAGUAUAUCCGGGAUGGAUGGUCUUUUUGUUUGUUUUUUAUUUUAGUUUUUUUAACCUAUAGAACUGAAAAAUAUAUAUUUUUUGGAGUUUGAAUUGUCGCUCAUCAUAUUGAUGAGUGAGACGUUGCAAGACGGAAUGAGAAAGCAAUUUUCUUCUCUUGCCGAUGUAAGUACAUUCUAAAGAGCUUGCCGUUAAAAGUGGGACCUCUUUAUCCACCUUGCAAGAAAACAGACCUCGGGCACUUCAAAUCCAGUGGGGCUUGUAUUUUGUUCAGAGAGGUAAAGAUCUAGUUGCCUAGCAAAUAAUUGUUUAUAAAGUCUUUUUUAUUUCACUGAGUUGUCUGUCAUUGAAGAGUGUCUGAACUCUCACUUCAAGUUUUAUUUUGUGUUUUAAGUCCGUCGAUACCUCCUUUGGCCACUUAGUUGUUUAGUCUGUAGUCUACAUUAGAAAUUAUUUUUGACCACAAAUCAUUUGAAAUAGAAGCCCUUGUGCAAACACCUGCUUUGACGUAAAUGAUUUAAUAAAGAAUUCCAUUUAAUAAUGGAGUUGACCUGUGUUCAUUAUUAUGAUGAUUAUUAUUAUUGAUAGUUGAUAUAUCGACUUUGAUUUUGAAGUUCAUUCGAAAAUGAACCUAUUUUGCAAAUAAGCUAGUUGGAUUUGAUAGUUUUACAACAGGUUUUUUUCCAUGACCCCAAAGUUUUCCCUAAAUAUAGAUGUUAGAUUUGUUUGUUUCAAAAAUAUAAAACAUUUUUAGAUGGAUCUGAAAAUAUAUCAUUUUCCCAAAUAUAUAUUGAAUAAACCAAUUUUAUUAGUUGUUU